AAUCUUUGUGUGUUCUUAUGCCAUUGAUUGUAAGUGAUCACUUCGAAUUAAUUUUCAAAAAAAAAAUUCAAAUUAACACGAAAAUCCAACGAACAAAGUGAUUUUUAUUAAUAUCUCUUGAAUGAUUUAAUAUAUACAAAUUAAUACCGUUCAAACGGUGAGAAUUUCCAUUUUUUUUUUUUUUUGCACGUUCUAUUCUCUUCAUUCAACAAUUUUUUCACCUAACCAUUUCCGGCGUAAACAAACGUAACCAAAUAAAACCGCCAAACUGAAGCCAAAACGGCGUCGUAAUAUGUUACGCAUCAUCGAAAAUUGGCCAUCAUUACGAUCGUUGGCCAAUAUGGACCUACAAUCUUUGGUGCGUUCAUUAAGGUCACAAGAUAAAAAAUCAAUACAGAAUAUGCGUGCCGAUUGUCAUGCAGAAAGGCCAUCACGUUUAGAUCGUCUUCUUGAACAGGAAGAACUAUCUGAAGAGAUUCAGGUAGAAAAUGGUUGGUCAUUAGAACGUAAAUCACCAAAUGUAAACAUUCUACAAAAUGGUCUUGUCGGUAAACGGCGGCCAAUUGCCAAAUCUACUGAUUGUAUGUUUGGCCGUAUAGGCUAUACAAAAGGUCUUCAUGUAUGGACAAUACAAUGGCCCGUUGAAUGUCGUGGUACACAUGCAGUGGUUGGUGUUGCAACCGAAUCAAUGCAAUAUCUACAUACAAGUGGUUAUUGUUCAUUGGUUGGCAGUGAUUGUGAAUCAUAUGGCUGGGAUAUUGUACGUAGUAGAUUUUUUCAUAAUAAAAAAGAAACAACAUAUCCAUUAUGGUUAAGCUCAUCACAUGAUAAAUUUACAAUACCGGAUGAAUUUACCGUCGUAUUGGAUAUGGAUGAAGGUACGCUAGGUUUUAUUGUUGAUGGCCUUUAUCUUGGCGUUGCAUAUACCGGUCUAACCGGUAAAAAAUUAUAUCCUGUGAUUUCAACUGUUUGGGGUAAUGUCGAAAUUGGUAUACGUUAUUCUGGUUAUAUGCCACCGGGACCAUUAUUAUUACGUGAAUGUUGUAGGAAAACAAUACGACAACAUUCAGGUAAAAAACGAAUACGAAAAUUAGUACAAGAAACACGUAUACCAUUAGUGUUAAAAGAAUAUCUUCUUAAUUGAUGAAUCGGAAUUAUCCAAUGGAUGGAUGGAUGGAUGGAUGGAUAAAUUAUGGAUAUGGACACAAUCUUUCAUACGAUCUUUAAUUUACGAAUCUACUAGAAAAAUAAAACACUCAUCACUCAUUUAUCUCAUCAUCAUCAUCAUCAUCAUCAUUAUUAUUAUUAUCAUCGUUUACAGCUACUAUGAUUAUUUGUGACAUAAAAAAAAUGUUCCAAAAGAAUUUUUAAAAAAAAAAUUUCAAUCAAACAAAAACAACAACAAUCAAACUCGUGUACGCACACAUUUAAAUGCAAAUAGAUAUUGAGAAUAAGAAUACAACAUUCAAAACCAAACUACACAUCACACUAAACACACACACACACACACACACAAAUUCAUGAUAUAAAUAAAGAAAAAUUUUUAUUUUCAAA